AUGCCGCAGUGGUUACGCGCGGCGGUGGGGGCAUGGGCCGGUGGCACGGUGCGUCAGGCUUCUUUGGCUGGUACCUCGAAGUGGCAAAAGCUCACAGAGGAGGAGACAGGAAAGAUCGAGAAAUCGCUCUCGGGGACGUCCAAGCUCUUGCCCAGCUUGGUCGAUCCUGGACUCCGGGAGAGCGCGGGUCGCGGGAUGAGGACCAAGAUGCCAAGACUGUGA